AUGGUCUCUGCAAAGCUUCUUUCACUGUCUUCAUUGGCAGUGGGAUUGUUCAGUUUGCCAGCACAGGCACUCUUGACGAAGAAUGGUAAUGUCAAUCUCGGAAAGGCAGAGAAAAUGCUGCCGACCCGAGCCGAGCACCUCUUCCCACAUUUGAAGAAGCGGGCGGAUGACCUGUCCAAGUUGGAUCUCCAAGACGAGAUGCAGCUCACAUGGACCUACCCAAAUAAGGACGGCUCCAUGACUGUGGCUGAUAUGAAGCUCAAGAAGCCAGAGGCUGACCAUCCUCUUCUUGCUUUGGAGUCUUUCGAUGACCUUACCUCCUCCAUCAAAUGCGAGGAUUCUAACAAGCAGAUCUCUGUGGCUUUCAAAUCUUCUGAGGCCAUGGAACGUGCUAUUGAAAACUGGGAUUACGUCAACCAAAACAAAUCCGACUUUUUCUACUUGAUCGCCAACCAUGUCGGCUGUGGCCCAGAUGCUGAACGCCACCCAUACAAAGUCGUUGGUGUCGAUUUCAACGAAGCUGCUCUGACUACUACCUUCUCUACUCAAGCUACCUCCUGGAACGAAACCGCUGCCAGCUAUGACAUGAAGCUUGGCACCCGCAGUAUUGCAGAACUCCCAAGAGAGCUCGUGAAGCGUGAUACUGCCGACACUAUCAUCAAGACUAUUUUCACUUUGUUCCGACACACCCCUAGCGGUAUGCUCCUCGAAAGCGCUGCAGAACUCCUCGCUGGUGGUACUUUCAAUAUCGACCUUAGUACUGGCGACAAAGAAAACGAAAUCCUCCUUUGGCGAUCAUUUGAAAGCGACAAAGUUCGUGUCGAAUCUAAGUGUGUUGGCUGUUACACUACUGGUACUAUCCAGUGGGAUACUGAAUACAGCAUGGAAAACGGUCUCAUUGGUGAGGUUGUCGCUCGUGGUACUCCUAAGGGACUCGGCGGUAAAAUCAAGAUUACCACCGAUAUUGAAGCCGAUCUCGACGAGGGUUACGAAAUCGAAAAGUUGAUCGCAAUCCCCGGUGCUAGUAGCCCCAUUACCAUCAGCGAUGUUCUUUCCGUCGGUUGGACUAUUGAAGUUGGCCCUGGAUUCGAGCUAGGCCUUAAGGCACAGGGUGGUUUCAGUGUCGGAUUCGAAUGGGGUAUCCCUGACACUGCCAGUGUUGAAGUCCACUCUCUCGCAAUCACCGAGUCAAAGUCUUCCGGCUUUGAGGGUGCAACAUUUACACCAAGCUUCUCCCUUGAUAAGCUCUACGCCGAAGGAUCUGCUGCUCUUUAUGCUAAGGCUAGACUCACCCUCGGUCUUGUCAUCGCUGGAAAGAGCGUUGGUGUCCGCACUGAUUUCAAGGCAUCUAACAAGGCUAUCAUUCAAGCUGGUCUCCUUCCCGAUGAUGCCUGCCCCGGUCAAGACGACCUUGAGUCGCUUCGAUCUGGUGGUCUUAAGGUCGGUCUCGUUGAUGAGUUCGAGAUCACUGUAGCUGCUGGUGUUGAGGAUACUAGUUUUGACAUUCCAUUCAAGCUCUGGAGCCACGAGGUCCCAAUUGCCGGGCACUGUUUCGCCGCUCCUAUUCUGCCUCCCGCUGAUCUUCAGAAGUUGGUUCCAGAGGGUGCUACUAAGGCCAAUCCUGAGGAGAAAGCCAAAGUUGAAUUGCCUCCAGCUGCUCUUCCUGAGGGCUAUCUGGAGGUCACCAGCCAACCAGAUGUACCAGCAACCGAAGAGCCAGAGGCCAACACAGCGGAAAUCCCUGCUGAAGAAGAAUAG